CGGGAAAAUGGCGAAGUCGAUUCUCCUUCUCAAUGGCCCAAAUCUGAACAUGCUGGGUUUACGAGAGCCUGAUAAGUAUGGGACAGCGACACUGGGGGACAUCGUCAACCUCGCGGGUGCCCACUGCUUGGACGCUGGCGUCGCCUUUGACCAUUUGCAGACAAACCAUGAAGGAACGAUGCUCGAUCGUAUCCAUCAAGCACGGUCCGAUGGCACCCAAGCGAUCGUGAUCAAUGCAGGGGCGUGGACACAUACGAGCGUCGCGCUCAGAGAUGCACUGCUGGCUUCCGAGAAGCCAUUCAUUGAGCUACAUAUCUCCAACACACACGCCCGCGAGCCUUUUCGACAUCACUCGUACCUUGCUGACAAAGCUAAAGGGAUAAUUAUGGGCUUAGGGACGUAUGGCUAUACGGUGGCGAUCGAUUAUUGUAUUAAGCAUUUGAUGUGAGAUAUUCACAGAACAAUGGCGU